UUUCAGUGAGCUGCUGCCAGGUCGCUGUUGCUGACGCCGCUCCUCCGCCAUCUUCAACUUCCUAUUGUUUGCAUCAGACUGAGAGAGGCUGGCUGUGGUGCGAGACUCGAAUCCGACACGGAUUUAUUGAUCUGUAAAUACAGCCCUCGUUCAGGUUCAUUCAAAACCUUUUGUAUGUCAUUGGACUAAAACCCUCUCAGGACUCGACCACCAAAUCUUCAUGAUGGACGACGACCAACCCAAAACCUUAUAUGUGGGAAAUCUGUCCAGGGAUGUGACCGAGCCUCUCAUUCUACAGGUCUUCACACAGAUAGGACCAUGUAAAAGCUGUAAAAUGAUAAAUGAUACCGCUGGGAACGACCCCUAUUGCUUUGUGGAGUUCUACGACCACAGGCAUGCUGCUGCCUCAUUGGCUGCCAUGAAUGGAAGGAAAAUAUUGGGUAAGGAGGUCAAAGUCAACUGGGCCACAACGCCAUCCAGCCAGAAAAAAGACACGAGUAAUCACUUCCACGUCUUCGUUGGUGAUCUCAGCCCAGAAAUAACCACAGAAGAUGUCAAAGCUGCCUUUGCUCCAUUUGGGAGGAUAUCAGAUGCUCGUGUGGUGAAAGAUAUGGCUACAGGGAAAUCCAAAGGCUAUGGCUUUGUGUCUUUCUUCAACAAAUGGGAUGCAGAGAACGCCAUCCAGCACAUGGGGGGACAGUGGUUAGGUGGCAGACAGAUUCGAACCAACUGGGCCACGAGAAAGCCUCCUGCUCCAAAGACUACAUAUGAAACAGGUAACUCCAAACACCUAUCCUUUGAUGAAGUGAUGAGCCAGUCCAGUCCCAGCAACUGUACUGUCUAUUGUGGUGGAGUCAGCACUGGGCUCACAGAGCAAUUAAUGAGACAGACCUUCUCCCCCUUUGGACAAAUCAUGGAGGUCAGAGUUUUUCCAGACAAAGGCUAUUCAUUUGUGAGGUUUAAUUCCCACGAGUCAGCAGCCCAUGCCAUUGUGUCAGUGAAUGGCUCUUCAUUAGAGGGCCACAUAGUGAAGUGCUACUGGGGUAAAGAGACACCAGACAUGAUGAACUCAAUGCAGCAGAUGUCUGUUCCACAGCAGAACAAGAUUGGUUUUGCUGCAGCCCAGCCCUACGGCCAGUGGGGUCAGUGGUACGGCAACGGGCCUCAGAUCAGCCAGUAUGUUCCAAAUGGGUGGCAGGUCCCCACCUAUGGUGUCUACAGCCAGGCCUGGAACCAGCAGGGCUUUAAUCACUUACCGGCCAGUGCUGGGUGGACUGGCAUGAGCGCCAUCAGUAACGGUGGGGUUAUGGAGCCUACACAGGGACUGAAUGGGAGUAUGCUAGCCAACCAGCCUGGUAUGGGAGCCGCAGGAUACCCCACACACUAAUAAGUGGGCAGGGUGGGAAAUAUGGUCGUUGGCUACAUGGUGCAUUGUGGGGGCUGUGUACCACCACCUCAAUCUGUGGCAGGACUAAGACUUUACCAGAUGAUGCGCCUGAUGAAAAGGUUGACAUCUCUGACAUGUAAAUGAGAAUUUUCAUGUGGGCUUGAGGUAACAGGAAUCAGGGAGCAGUGAUUUGACCCACACAGGUACCUCCGCCCUUCUGUGGCAGGAGGACUGGCCGUGAUCCAGGGCUCUCGCCAUUUUUAAGUUAACUGUAAAUGAGUAUAAAACUGUAAAUGAGAAACUUUUGGAUUUUUCUCUCUCCUGGGUUUUACAAAUUCUUCCAUUUUUACAUCUGUCCUCUCUGACAGUUGCUGAGAGGUUGGUCUAUCCCCAUCCCCCCCCCCCCCCCCCCCCCCCCCAGAAAGAGUCUCACCAAGUUACUAACUCUUUGAGAAAUGGAAAUCAUAUUUUUUCGUCUUUUUUUAAAUUAAGAAUAAUUGCAGGGAUUGUUGCCACUGCUGUUUUUCUGUAAGGGCAGAUAAAUAUUGCACAGUUUUUCCUCCCUUCUUCUUGAUGGACAAAUUUGGCUACCAGGAGCGUUUCCUUUAUUGCAUUCCAUUUCUCCAUAUCUUUUAGUCACAUGUAAAUAACCAUCCAUCCAUUUAUUCAUUCAUUCAAAACGAUGUAAGUAAAAUGCUACUGAUAACUGUGGGUGCUUGCUUUCGAGUUUUGUUUUCAUGAUUUGACCGUUAACUCCAACAUUGUGUGUAGCAGAGUGGCGCUAUCGAACCGGUACAGUUAACACACGAUUCUUCCAUGCGGGGAUCAGGCAGCAUUGCCAUGCAGUGCAUAUUUAAAUUCAACACGGUUCAAACGCAAAUGGGUGGAUUUGUGUGGUUGAAGCGGAUGUUUUUUUUUUUUUUUUUUUUUUUUUAUUAACGCCAGUAGUUUUAUAUGGAGAAUCUGGGUGGAAUCGACCUUCACACUUUAGCCAGUGAACUAAGGAGGCCUACGUUGCUACUGUUGCCUUAUAGAACUGGUUUCUUUUAGCUGACGAGAUACUUUUUGAUUAGGCAGUGCCUACAGACAUUUUCAAGCCCUUUUUGUUUAGAAAAGUGUUAGCCCUGAGAACUGAUGACUCUGCUACUGUAAUCAAUGUUUUCUUGCUUUGUCCAAUUAAAAUGCUAAUGCAAAGAAA